CAGGGGAUCUGGAAUGCUCAGAGUCGUCAGAUUUCCCGCGCUUUCGUAGCUUUCUCCAGGCAUUGCCGUUGCUUUGCUUCGGCCAUGAAAAACCAUUCUUAAUAGAAUCAGACAGGAUCUAGGACUUCCCUGGUGUAGUAGUACACCCUGGUGUACUAUACUACUGUAUACACCCUGUUUAGAAGGCUGAUCGUUCCGUCGGUCUGCCUUCAGGUGACGCGGAAUCAUUAAUUGGCAGGCGGAACAGACGGACUGCAAUCAUUGAUUAGUUACCCUCUUGAGAAGCAGAUUCGUUAGUCUCGUGUCGCCGCUCAUGGCCCCAGCUGUCCACGUGUCGACGGCCCACGCGCUUAGCGCCCACGCAGCCACGUCAGCUGCGUCUAGGCCCUUCGCAGCCUCAAACGUUCGCCUCUCGGGCUUUGCGCGACGGACCGUGCAUGGAAUACAGGACGCGAAGCAGUAUGUCCGACUACGGGAAUCGAAGCAGCGUGUAGCGCGUAUUCGCCGCGGCGGGUCCGCGCCGGCGCCACGCGCCUCAGGUGGAGGCGAGCAACGAGCGGUAGAGACGAUCGCGAGAGAGGGAGAAACAGGAGGAUCAGAGUCAUGGGGUGAUAGUAACGGAGGUGACAGUGGCCCGAAUCCAGCCACAUUUGGGGCUGCCAGCUACGCAACGGCAUACGUUGCCGCACCUCCGUUCUCUCCCCCGGUGGCAGCAGCAGCGGCGGCGCUGCAGGGCGAAUUUGCAGAGGUGGAUCGGCUGGUGGGGGUGAACCUGAAGCGGGUGCUGGACGCGUUUGCUGCUGCAAGGGUCGGCAGACAUCAUUUCAGCGGAACCACGGGGUACGGCCACGGGGAUGCAGGGGGCAGGGAGGCGCUUGACUCGGCCUUUGCUCAGAUCGUUGGGGCAGAAGCAGCAUGCGUGCGCGCACAGUUUUUUUCAGGCACCCACGCAAUUGCUGCUGCGCUCUAUGCUGUUCUGCGGCCUGGGGACGAGCUGCUGUCAGUGGCAGGGGCGCCCUAUGACACGAUGGAGGAGGUGAUUGGGCUCAGAGGCUCGGCGGGGCACGGCUCGUUGAGGGAGUUUGGCGUCAGCUACCGGCAGAUAGAGUUAACCUCACAAGGAAAGCUGGACUGGGAUGCGCUCAGCGCUCCAGGGGCGGUGAAAGCAAACACGCGCUGUGUGCUGGUGCAGCGGUCGUGUGGGUACUCACUACGAGAAACACUUACAGUGGAGCAGAUUGGGCGCAUUGUGGAGAUUGUCAAGGCGCAGAACCCGUCGUGCGUUGUGGUGGUGGACAACUGCUAUGGGGAGUUCAUCGAAGAGAGAGAGCCAACUCAUGUGGGCGCUGACCUUAUAGUGGGGAGUCUUAUAAAGAUUCCAGGAGCGACAAUAGCGCCAAGUGGGGGCUAUGUGGCGGGGAGGGCAGACCUG